AUGCUGUGGCUCACGCCUAACGUGCCUCUCGCAAAGGAUCUCCUUCAUCCCUCUCUAGCAGAGAAGAGGAAACACAGGGCUCUGAGCCUGGUGCAGAGCCCCAAUUCCUACUUCAAGGAUGCGAAAUGUCUAAGAUGCUAUAAAACCACCACAGUGUUUAGCCCGGCACAAACGGUUGUUCUGUGUGUUGGUUGCUCUACUGUCCUCUGCCAGCCUACAGGAGGAAAAGCAAGGUUUAGAGAAGGAUGUUCCUUCAGAAGGGAGCAGCACUAA